AUGAAGCUCCUGAAUCAAACACCCAGAUGUCUGCUCUUGCUUCUACCACGGCCUUCUGGCUUUUCUGAAACAAGAACACCUGAGGAAGUUUCACCUUUUUCUUUCCUCCUAGCCUCUUCACUCAUUAGGCUCUCCUUAACCAUUUCCAUGGUUAGCUUUCCACCUGGUGCUGAAGUGCUCAGAGAUACCACUAAAGUUUCCCAACUAUCUGGCAAGGAACUUAGGAGUAGCAAUGCUUGCAACUCAUCUUCAAGAGUCAUCUUCAUAGAUGUCAAUUGGUUCACUAAGCCCUGGAAGUCACUAGUAUGCUCUGUCAUACUUCUUCCAUCUCUGUACUUCAAAUUUACUAGCCUUCGAAUGAUUGAGGCCUUGUUCCUGGAGGUGAGUUGUUUGCUGAUGUUCCUGGUGGUUUCUGAAUGGAUGCAGAGAAAAGAAUGGAAAGGGUAUGAUGAGAAGGUGACAAAACUCCACUUCUUCUUCCAUGACACCAUCUCUGGCCACAACCCCACCGCCGUGCCGGUGGUUCAUCCUAAAGGAACAGUGAUUAAGCCAGGUAAUUUAGUGCCUUUUGGUGCAAUGUACGUCGUUGAUGACCCUCUAACCGAAGGACCUGACUUAAACUCAAAGGUGAUAGGACAUGCACAAGGGUUUUACGUGUCUGCAGGGCAGAAGGAUCUUGUAUUCGUCGUUGCUUAUGACUUUGGGUUCAUUUCCGGUGAGUUCAACGGUAGCUCCACCAAUGUGUUUUCAAGGAACCCAAUUUUGGAAAGUGAAAUGAAAGUGGCCAUUGUUGGUGGUUGGGUGAAAUUUAGGAUGGCACCUGGCUUUGCCAAGCUUAAAACGUACUUCUUUAAUGCCACCAGUACAAUUGAUGCACUGUUAGCCUUGAAACUGUUGAUGUGUGCACAAAUGCCAGUAGUAAGUUCUCCAAUCUGUUGA